CGUCUCUCGUGUCGCGUUUUCCCGCUUCCCCUUCCUCGCAUCUACUCAGGAGGAACUCUGCAAUUCCAUUCAUCAUUUGUCAUUUUCGUUCCACUUCAACAGCAAAAGUCAAAUAACUGAGCCUUCUUUCUCUCCCGUUUCAUUUCUGUAUUUAUAAAAUCCAAUCUCUGGUAUUUCCCUUGAGCCGCAGAAUUAUUCCCUAAAGUAAUCAGCUUUCGAAAAAUCGAAGCAACUCCCCGCACUACAAAGUGAGCUCAGAGGCAGGGGAGAAGGGAGGAGGAGAAGAAACAUGGCUGGUUACCCGCACAGCAACGGCGGAGGCGGAGGAGGUCAGUGCCCCGCGGUUCCCUCUCACGGUGGUCAGUUUGUUCAGUACAACAUAUUUGGGAAUCAGUUUGAGAUCACCCCAAAGUACCGGCCUCCGAUCAUGCCCAUCGGCCGCGGCGCCUACGGCAUCGUCUGCUCGGUGUUGAAUUCGGAGACGAACGAGAUGGUGGCGAUGAAGAAGAUAGCUAAUGCUUUCGACAACCACAUGGACGCCAAACGCACCCUCCGCGAGAUUAAGCUGCUCCGCCAUUUGGAUCACGAAAACGUGAUCGCCAUCAGAGACGUGGUUCCUCCGCCGUUGAGGAGAGAAUUUACUGAUGUCUACAUAGCUACCGAGCUCAUGGACACCGAUUUACACCAGAUCAUACGCUCUAAUCAAGGUCUAUCCGAGGAGCAUUGCCAGGUAAAGCUGCGAUUUGGUUCGUUUUCUAACGGGGAUGGCUCGCAAAGUAAUGUGUAUGAUGCGAGGGGAUUGAUGUUUUUUUUUUUGUUGCAGUAUUUCUUGUAUCAGUUACUCCGAGGAUUGAAGUACAUACACUCUGCCAAUGUGAUCCACAGAGAUUUGAAACCCAGCAAUCUCCUCUUGAAUGCAAAUUGCGACCUAAAGAUCUGUGAUUUCGGGCUGGCGCGCCCUACUUCCGAGAACGAGUUCAUGACGGAGUAUGUUGUUACGAGGUGGUACAGGGCGCCGGAGCUAUUGCUCAACAGUCAGGAUUACACCGCAGCAAUUGACGUCUGGUCAGUGGGCUGCAUCUUCAUGGAGCUCAUGAACAGAAAGCCCUUGUUUCCUGGCAAAGAUCAUGUCCAUCAGAUGCGAUUGCUGACAGAGCUACUGGGCACACCAACCGAAUCUGAGCUAGGGUUUGUGAGAAAUGAAGAUGCUAGGAAAUAUAUCCGGCAGCUCAGCCCACACCCUCGACAGCCAUUGGCCAAACUUUUCCCUCAUGUUCAUCCUUCGGCCAUGGAUCUUGUGGACAAAAUGCUGACAUUUGAUCCCACAAGAAGAAUUACCGUCGAGGAAGCAUUAGCACACCCAUACCUUGAACGAUUGCAUGAUAUAGCAGACGAGCCGGUCUGUCUAGAAUCCUUCUCUUUCGAUUUCGAGCAACAACCCUUGGUAGAAGAACAGAUGAAGGAGAUGAUUUACAGGGAGGCAUUAGCCUUUAAUCCAGAGUGUGCAUAAAAAUUGCGAAGAAGAGUAAUGCUGGUUCUGGUGCAUUGUGUUUGAUAGCCUCUAUCAUUUCUUCUUCCAUGGAGGUUGCUACUGCAAAUCAGAAUUUGGAACAAGAAGAGAGAAGAGCAAUCAGAUUAAACUGAGCGACGUUACAACUGGCGGUGAAAGAAGAAACCCCAAAACGCUGCCCUCUCUCCAUGCUGCAACUUCCUGGUCAGGUAAUUACACCUUGAUAGGUCUCUGCCAUUACUGUAGACCCUGUAUCAAAUGUUACAAUUAAGCCCCUCUGCCCCAAAGCUUUCCUGUUGUAAGAUGUGUGGCAGUUAUUGAUUGUUUUUUCCCCUUCCAUCCCGUAUGUAAUAUUGCAAUUUUUUUUAUUUCGUCUUUGGUAUACUUACACGUUUAUAUAACUGAAUAAAACCUCAUGGUAGUCAAUAGUUAUGAGGUUAUUUUAUUUUGGCAAAAUACACUUGUAUAUGCAAAAUUUUCGCGUUUGUAUCAAUAAUAGUCCAAUUUGGAGAAA